CAGCGUCGUUUAACGUUUGUCGUUUAACGUUUAUCGUAGCGCGUUACACUGAUUGAUAUAAGUACUAAAUAUAUAUUUAUUAACAAGACGCAGACACAAAGUGCACACCGAAUUCUACGCACACAACAACCGAAUUUCCCCGACAUUCAAGUGCGCGCGUGUGUGUGAAAGAUUUGCCCCCCAAGUUCUUAAAUGCUCUGUCCGCCCACAAUGCGUCCGGCCAGCCCUGCCGAAUCCGAGAUUUCCGUCGGCGGUGCACCCAGCCCGCUGCCGGCCCAGCAUCAGCUGAAUCAGCAGCAACAUCUUCAUCAGCAUCCCCAUCAUCUCCAGCAGCUGCCACGCGAUCUGCUGCAGCAACAGCAGCUGCUGAUGCAACAACAUGCUGCAGCCGCUGCGGCGGCCGCUGCUGCCGCCGGACUGACGCGCGGUGCCGUCGGCACGCUGCCGGAGGAUUACUUCCAGCCGCUGAAGCGUCUGCGCAUGUCCUCCUCCUCAUCGGAGCCGCGCGAUCAGACGCCCAGUCCGCCACCAGCCCAACCCAAUCCAACUGCAGCCACAGCAGCAGCUGGCAAUGCACCGGGCAGCACAAAGUCCGCCAUCGAGGGCGUCAAGAGCUUCUCCAUAGCCGACAUUCUGGGCCACUCGGAGAAGCAGCGCUGUGCGUCCAGUUCACCACCGCCGACUGCCACGCUGCUGGCGCCACCGGCUGCCCGGCCAGUUGGUGGUCUGCUGCAUCCGCGCAGCGAACCGCUGGACAUGCAUCCGGCUGCGGCCGCCGCCAUGCUGCUGCCCGGCGCACAGAUAGUGCGUCCGUGGGAUCAUCUGCUGGGGCCGAUGCCCGUCCGGCCGUUCAUACCCUCCGCCCUCCUGCACUACGAGCAGCGCCUGGCCCUGGACUAUCAUCGCCAGCUGCAGGAGCACUUCAAUGCCCAGGCCCAGCUGCUGCGCCACAUGGGCAUGGACAUCAUACCCUCCGAGAGCGGCUCGGAUCGCUCCAGCUCCGCGGCCAGCGAUUGCUGCUCGCCGGAAAUAGCACGAGACUCGGCCGCUGCCGCUGCCGUCGCCGCCGGCGCCGCCCUGCGCCGCAGCCAUAGCCCCCAGUCCUCAGCGCAAGCAGCCCAGGCAGAGCGGGAACGUCAUGCAUCCAGCGGCUCCGGCAAUGCCGCCUCGAGUCCCGCCCAGGCGGCGGGCAGCGCACAGAACAACACCGCCGCCGCCGCUGCCGCCGAGGCCAAGGCCAAGGCCAAUGGCACCCCGCUCGAUGCGCUCUUCCAGAUGACAACCAAGGACUUUGAUGAGUCACAAGACAAAUCGCACUUGGACAUAUUCUCGAACCGACCGCAGCCGAAGAAGAAGCGCAAAUCGCGCACCGCAUUCACCAACCAUCAGAUCUUUGAGCUGGAGAAGCGUUUUCUCUAUCAGAAAUAUCUGUCGCCCGCCGAUCGUGAUGAGAUCGCCGCCUCGCUGGGCCUCUCGAAUGCACAGGUGAUCACCUGGUUCCAGAAUCGCCGCGCCAAGCAGAAGCGCGACAUUGAGGAGCUGAAGAAGGAUUUCGACAGCGUCAAGGUCUUCUCGGCGCACAAAUCCUUUCUGGAGAACGUCAACGAUCUGAGCAUACUCAAGAAGAAGCCCAUGCAUGAGGCGGAUAUGGUUGGCCUCGCUGCCGCAGCAGCUGCCGCUGGCAUGGUGGGCGUGGGCGUGGGCGUAGGCGUGCCCGUAUCCGCAGCCCAGGCAGCGCUGGCAACGCCCCCGAAAUGAAGGGGAGGGCGGCGGGCUGCGUUCAGCGCACAUGCAACCUGAUGAACGGUACAGAAAGCGAGCAAAGUAUUGAGGAGGACAUUAUCAUCAAGCGACAGCAUCAAGCGCUUCGCAUUUUGUUUAAUUUUGGAGCCGGGCCAGGGCCAGAUUCAGCGCCAGGUCAGGCCGGGACACUCCGGCUACGGCUCUCUAGAGAUUUUAUUUGACACGGAUGUGACAAUCUAAUGACAACCCGGCAAAGGUCGCGAAUGAGGCACAGGCACGACUUGCCACGCCUUGCCACGCCUUGCCACGCCUCUGGGCCACACCCGGACCAAGGCCUAAUUUCGGGCCAUCAUCUGCAAAACCCACCAGCUUCGACACAAGGGCAAGGAGUCGCAAACUCAGUUGCCAAUUUGAAAUACCCAAUCGGCUCUUUUCAGAGCCACCAAAGCAAACGCCAAAGAGUCUCAAAUACGUUCAAUGUGAGCCCAGCUUCAAUAAAGAUCAGAAACAGAAGCUGACAGUAUUUUUAUUUUAGCAAAUAAAUUUUACCUCGACUCAAAGCAAGUGUACAUGCGAUAAACUUUGUCAUUUUUGGCACGAAGUUUGACAGAAAAGUCGAACAGCUUUAUAUUC